AUGAGCGCGUCGCCUGUGAGAGACUCGAUUGGUGAACCGAUCGCUGUGGCGUCUGAUGUCAAGGCGGUGGCGACAACGUCAGCAGGAGCGAGUCAUGGACCAUUCACACUCGAAGAUGAUGAUGAUCGUGUUGAUCCUACAGAUGAAGAGUUUGCAGCGUUGAUAGCCUCCCAGGAUGGUGCGUACCGCGAAGAGCAAGACACGGAAAUUGAGCUCAGGGAAGAAGUGGAUCAUUUGGAUGAUGAGACGUACACGGGUCGAGAAGAUGAGACAUGGACAUGGCAGGAGUAUCAUGCUGAGCAUUUUGGUAAAGCGGAUGCAGGAAUUGAAGAGAGUGUGUUGUGUCCUGUUUGUGGCGAACAGCUCAUUAGUAUGGCUGAACACGAUCGCAGUGCGCAUGUCAAUGCCUGUUUAGACUUGCCUGCGCCGCUCAAGGAGGAAAAUGCCGAAGAUUCGGAUGCAAAGCCUGACCUGAAGCCAAUACCGGAUCAAAAGCCUGGCCUCAAAGCAGAAGACUCACUGACUGCCGAUGGCAGCAAGGAUGCCUACAAAUUACUAAUGGUCUCACACUCUGAAGAAAAACGCUGGGCCGAUGCCGCCAAGACGGAGUUGGCUCAACGAGGUACGCGUUACAAGACACGCGUUUGUCCGUUUUACAAGAUCCUUUCGCCUUUCCCCAUUGCUGUUGAUGCGUUCAAGUAUGGUCGUGUACCAGGUAUCGGGGGCUACUACCUCUCACAUUUCCAUUCAGAUCAUUAUGGUGGAUUAUCGUCGUCGUGGGAUGCUGGACCCAUCUACUGCUCGACCGUCACCGGCAAUUUAUGUAUCCAACAACUCCGCGUCAAGCCAGAAUACAUCGUCAAGCUAAACAUGAACACACCACACAUGAUCAAUGGCGUGACAGUCACACUCAUUGAUGCCAAUCACUGUCCCGGCUCAACACUUUUCUUUUUCGAAGGUGAAGUCAGGGGUAAAAUACUACGCUACCUGCAUUGUGGUGAUUUCAGAGCGACACCAACGCAGCUGAUGCAUCCUGCUAUAGCAGGCAAGCGAAUCGAUGCAUUGUACCUCGAUACAACUUACCUUGCACCGAAAUACGCUUUUCCCUCACAAGAAGAGGUGAUUGAGGCGUGUUGUCAUGUGUGUAAGGAUCUUGCUGGGAUUUUGAAACCAGAGGAGAAUCCUGUGGGUGAGGCACGACAGGUUCAUGGGCUGGAUAAGUUUUUGAAGAAGGACAACAAUUUGGUGAGUACUGCGCCUGCGACUGUACCAGCAAAGCCAAAAGGAAGGUUACUGGUUGUGGUAGGAACCUACUCCAUUGGCAAGGAACGCAUUGUUGUUGGAAUUGCAAAAGCACUCGGUUCUAAGAUCUACGCAGAUCACCGGAAACGUGACAUUUUGGCGUGUCUGGAAGAUCCAAUUCUUGCCUCCCUCGUCACGGCAGAUCCAGCAGAAGCACAAGUCCACAUGACUUACCUGCAAGAAAUCCGUGCUGAAACGUUACAAGCAUACUGUGAUUCGCUUGCACCGCAUUUCGCAAGGGUCGUUGGGUUUCGAGGUACGGGAUGGACGUAUGCGCCUCCUCGAACACGAUUACUGGAUUCACCGAGUGUGUCACAGAUUCUAUCAUGGAAACCGACGUAUGAUUUUCGAGAUAUGCAUCCAGCGCGUGGCAGUACGAAUACAUCCAUGAUGUUUGGUGUUGCGUAUAGUGAGCAUAGCUCCUUUCGCGAGUUGAUGUGUUUUUGCCUCUCUGCGGAUUUGGGACGGGUGAUACCAACGGUUAAUAUUGGGAGUGCCAAGUCGAGGGAGAAGAUGAAGGUGUGGAUUGAUCGAUGGGAGGUGCAUAAGCGGAAAGAAGGCAGGUUGCCAAUGCAAGUAGGUCAAAAGUAUUUUUAG